AUGAGCCAUCAGGUUUGCAUAAUGCAAAGGGUAUGGGGGCUUCUACUCCUGUGUCCCAUGUCAUGGGCAUCAGAGCCAGUGGUCCUGGAACUGGAAGCCUCCAUGCACUCCACUCUGCUCUCAGACAUGCAGGCAUCUAUAUCCAGAGUGUCAACAGUGUCAGACUCUGUUGCAGUGGUGGGUCAGAUGUUCAAGAUGAGGAUCUCACUGGUGUCAGAAGACUGCCAUGCCAUAGACAUUUUGUCUGGGAUUGGCAGUGCAGCAUUCCCUGAUUGGCUUUAUUGGGACAGUCAGCUAUGUCUUCUUCAAGGUCUACCACUAGAGGGGGAUAAAGGUCUGUAUCGGUUCAGCUUGUCUUCUGAAGCCUUACAAAAUCAUGAUGGCAGUAUACAUAGUCAUCUACUUCUCAGUGGAAUCAAAUUGAGUAGUAGCUCUUACAUUAACGCCCGACAACCAGAUGUCUUCAUUAUCACAGUAAACCCAGAAGAUCAACAGGACAUGGAACCUGCUCCACUGGCACUGCAGACCCAGUCUAAUACAACAAAUGUGUGUAUUUGUUCAAGUGGCCAGCCAGCCACUGUGCUAACUAUAAUACUGGAUGCUGACCUCACAAAGAUGAACUCCAGGGAGCGGCUGAUGUUGCUGCAGAAAAUGACUCACUUUGCUAAUGAGCCACCAGAGCUACUGCGGGUCAUGCCAGUUAUUAACAAUCGUUUUUUUGAUAUGACUGCUUUUAUGGCUGGACCAGGUAAUGCAAAGAAGGUGGUGGAGAAUGGAGCACUGUUAUCAUGGAAACUGGGUUGCGCACUUGACCAGAACAACCUGCCUGAUAUUAGUGGUGUCCAGGUGCCAGCAAAAGAUGGUACCAUGUCAGUUCUACUGGGUUACCCAGUGGUCGGCUGGUACAUUGUCAAUAAGAAACCUCAGGUGGUCAAGCGAGUCAGAAGACAGAUCCACAGCACGCCAACACCUGUGCCUUCCCAGUUUCCUCCAACCACUCACUUAGUACCUGCAGAGCGUAUUGUGCCUGCUCCAGCAUCCCCUUUCAUUGCUUACUCUACAAAUCUGUUGGUAAAUCCUGCCCGUGGUCCUUUACCUUUACCAGUUAAACCUACCAUCCGUUUGCGGGAUCAGAUAGCUUACACACCUGUCCUGAGCCAACCUCUACCCACUCAAGUCUUGGACAGUACCAGCACUCUCCCCCUGCAACCAACGAUGACUCGCCCUGGUUAUGUGCAGCCUACUGUUUCUGUUACUCCUCCAACCACUCGCAGACCCAAGACCACCACCUCAAAAAAGGGUAAGAAAUCAAAGAUCACUCCAAUGCCCAGAGAGCCAAAAAUGACAGAUACACCUUCCAGCAGUCCAGUCACUAACCAAAAGCCUCAGUUACACCACUCUAUUGGUGAAGUGAAUGUGUGGGUUGGGACAUACUUUGAGGUGAAGAUUCCAGCCGAUACAUUCUUUGAUCAGGAAGAUGGAAACACAGAAAACUUACGGCUGUUAUUUAAACAGAAUCUCUAUGAGACAUUGGAUCAUGGCUCUUGGAUACAGUUUAACAGCAGCAUUCAGCUCCUGUAUGGCCUUCCUGACCAGAGCCAUGUUGGCAGACAUGAAUUUCUAAUGAUGGCAAUAGAUAAAGAAAAUUCAAGCACCAUAGAUGCUUUUGAGAUUCAUGUAAACCAUUGGCCAGUUGAUGACCAAUCACCAGUUGUGUUUAUUGCUCACUUUCAAGGAGAACCUAAAAUGCUGACUCAUGAUAUCCACAAGAAAAUACUAUUUUGCAAGAAACUUGCCUUUGCACUGGGUGAUCACAACAGCAGUUCUGUCACUCUAAGAAAUAUCUCAAGGGGUUCUAUUCUGGUGGAAUGGACCAAUAGCAGCUUACCUAAGAAUCCCUGUCCAGCAGAACAGAUUAAGGAGAUGUGUCGCAGGAUUUCAGAUGCUCAAGGUCAUCCCACAUCCAUCUUUUACAGAGCAAUGGAGCCAGAGUUCAAACCCAUUAACAUUGGUGCUCUUGGUGCUAACAAAUGCCAAAGGUUCUCAUUUCUGCCACCAAGAGAUGUCACUGUUCCGGUGUCGCCAGAGAAUAUUUCUGUUCCUGUGUCAUCCACAGUCACACCUUCAUUUAGCUCAGGCUGGCAUAGCAGCGAUGAUGUCUACUUGCACACUGUUAUCCCAUCUGUGGUAGUGGCUGCCCUGCUGCUCACAGCUGGUUUCAUUGCAAUGGUUUGCUACCGAAAGAAACGGCGUGGAAAACUGACUACAGAGGAACAGGCCACCUUCAUAAAAAAGGGUGUUCCUAUCAUUUUUGCAGAUGAGUUGGAUGAUGCUAAAUCCCCACCUUCUUCCAGCAUGCCAUUAAUUUUGCGUGAAGAGAAGCCACCUAUGGCUCCACCCCAUUACCCCAGUUCAGCCUGUGGAGAAAUCCUAGAGGAAUACAUCUCCUUCAAUGAUGAUGAUGACCCCAGUGCUCCUCCUUAUCAGCCUCCCCCUCCUUUUACAGUUCCUAUAGAGGGCAGGGGUUCUCGACCGAAGAACAUGACAGCCUACAGGUGUCCGCCACCCUAUGUGCCCCCCUGAUAGAAAACUAGACAUCUCUCAGCUGGCUAAUAGUAGACAUUUUAAGAAAAGACAUCAUAGUCCAAAUAUGGAAUAGAUAAAGUGACUGGUUUUG